AUGUUGACAAUUGUCCUGUAUUCCCACAGCCCCAUAUGGCAGGCUCAUUGUACAUGCAGAUGUGUGGCAGUGGGAGUGAUGUGGGAAACUCCUCUCACAUUCCCAGGACUGAUAAAAACGUCCUCCCUGCUUGCUCAAAGGACGAUGAUCAUGCAGCAGAGGUGGCUGACUUUGGCUGUGGCAUGCAUCUGUAUAUGCAUCUCCAACCAGUCUUUUCCUCAGAAGAGACGAUGUGCAUUCCAAGUGACUCCUCAGACCAACAGUUACACAACUGCUGGUAAUGUGAAUGGGUCGGUGCAGCUGUGUGAGAACACCCAAUGCUGCGUGGGCUAUUUUCUAAACAUUGAUGGCCAGCCGGUAGUGGACGUUCUCGCUUGUGAUAAAUUUGAAAAGUCUUGCCCAGAAGCCAGCUGCAAGAUAAAAAAACGCCUCAAUGGUCGCUUCUUUGUGUGUGUGUGCAACACAGACCUCUGCAAUAGCAACAUCACUUGGACCUUAGACUUGGAAGAUCCUCAACCCACCUAUUCUUAUUUUGUAGGUAUGACCAUGAUACGAUUUCUGGCUUUACUAGUCCUGAUCAUCCUGCUGAUCAUUUCAGCCAAACAGAGAUGCCUAUUUAAGAAGAAAAAGGAUGAACCACAACUGUGUUCCUGCCAAACAACUGAACCCUCUGAGUUUCACAUUGAUGACAUUGAAUUACAGCAGAUUGUGGGCCGUGGGCAUUUUGCAAUUGUUUGGCAAGGGAAAUACAAAGGAUCCACUGUGGCAGUCAAAGUGUUCCCUGUAGGCUGGAAACAGAAAUUUACUGCAGAGAAGGAGGUCUAUGAGCUACCACUGAUGAAUCAUGCUGGGAUUGUCCACUUCCUGGGCUCUGGGAGUAAACCGGAUGGAGGCAGUUGCCUCAUUGUCCUGCAAUUUGCUGAAUGUGGUUCUCUCCAUUCCUACCUGUGUAAACACACCACCAACUGGAUGUUGACACUGAAGUUGUGCCAGUCUUUAUCACAGGGUCUCUCCUAUCUGCAUUCCGACCUUAAAAAGCAUGAUGUGCAUAAACCUCCUGUGGCCCAUAGAGAUUUCAGCAGCUCCAACGUGCUCGUGAGAGCCGAUGGUACAUGUGUGCUGUGUGAUUUUGGAUGCUCUACCAUCCUGCGUUCUUGUUCGGGAAAUCGCAGCUGGCAGAGCCACAUAACAAACAUGGAGGGUCAUGCUCAGUUUGGCACGCUGCGCUACAUGCCCCCUGAGAUCCUGGAAGGCUCUGUGAACCUGAGCAGCAGCAGGUGUCUCAAGCAGGGGGACAUCUAUGCUCUGGGGCUGCUGCUGUGGGAGAUCUGGAUGCGCUGCUCUGAUUUAUUUGAAGGCGGUGUGGCUCCACAACAUUUGUUGCCUUAUGAAUUUGAGCUGGGAGCCAAUCCAACGUGGGACAGCCUCAUCCAGUAUGUGUUUCAGUUGGAACAAAGACCCGCCAUACCUGAACACUGGGACCUACUCCCACAGGGAUCUAUGCUGCAGGAGCUCCUGACAGAUUGUUGGGACUGUGAUGCUGAUGCUCGACUGACUGUUGAGUGUGCUGUGGACAGAUUAUUGUCUUUUCAGUCUUGUUACUCUCCAUUACUUUUUCCCCCCUCUUUUUUUGAGUGUGGGGGGGGGGGCUGACUGGUAAUUUACAUAUCAAACAUUUGCACUAUUCUCUUUGUGUCACCACUGUUUAGCUUUUCAGUAUAUUUUCUUCAAUCUUAAACUAGGCCCUUAUUAAAGAAUAUCUUCCUCUUCUUCAUAUUCAUAUUCUUGACUUGGACAUGUUUCCAUUGCUCUUUCUUUCUAUUAGAUCUUUUUUUAAAUGAUGUUGAUAUGGGAAUUUUCUAAUUUUAAUGAUUAAAAAAAGUUAAUCUCAGCAAUAGGUUAGUUUGCUUGGCUUAGUAAUAGUAGUAGUAGUAGUAGUAGUAGUAGUAGUAAUCGGAGUAGUUAUGUAAUUAUGAUACAUGAUUAUGGUUUUGUAUUUAGAAAAUACAUGUUUAGAUAAUAGAUACAAUUAGAUAAUUUAGAUAAUAAUAAUUCUGAAAAAUAUAAAGUUAUGACUUCUCAGUUACACUUGAUAGUUUUUUUACAGCAUACUUGUUGACUUGUCAUAGCAGAAACAAUCUCAGGUGGAGCUUAUGGCUCUGUUACAUUUAAGAAUACCAGUAUAUAUGCCCUUUCUUUUUUUUACUGAAAAUGUUUUUGACAUGCAAGAAUAAAAAGCACAAUCAAAUUAAUGAUGGCUUAAUUCCUUUUAGCUGCUUUGAUUUCCUA